AUGGAGGAGUUAGAGGAGAUAGCCAUAGUUGGUAUUGGCUGUCGGCUUCCUGGCGCUAAUAACAUCAGAGAAUUUUGGGAUGUUUUGGUGAACGGAGAGAACCAUGUAAAGGAGAUACCAAAGGACAGAUGGAACCUGGACGCUAUCUAUGACCCAGACCCGGACGCGUACGGGAAAACCAACGUUCGUCGGGCGGGACUUUUAUCUGAACAUGAUGUUUGGGAUAACGAAUUAUUCGGAAUUCCCGAAAAAGAGGCGUCUGAAAUGGACCCCCAGCAACGAUACGUUCUAGAAUGCGUUCAUAUGGCAUUGGAGAAUGGAGGAAUCACAAAAGCAGAGCUGGGUGGUUCGUCCACGAGUGUGUAUAUUGGCGCUAUGAACAGUGACGCAAAAUCGUCCAAGGACGGGGACUAUUCACUCAUGACCAAUUACACCGUGACAGGAGAUGCGGCCAGCAUCAUCGCAGCCCGAGUGUCGUACAACUACAACCUGCUGGGUCCAUCACUUACCAUAGACACCGCCUGUUCCUCAUCUCUUGUGGCCAUUAAUCUAGCAACACAGUCUCUGAUAAUCGGCGAGUCGUCCAUGGCGAUAUGUGGCGGCGUCAACAGUAUUCUGUACCCAGACAUGUUUGUCACUCUGACGAAGGCACGGAUGGCGUCACCUACCGGCCAGUGUCAAGCUUUCUCCGCUAACGCCGAUGGAUAUGCCCGAGGUGAAGGAUGCGGCAUUGUUAUACCAGAGCGGCUGAGUGACGCCUUGAAGAACGACAGACAUAUAUGGGCAACCAUCCGGACAGGUUGUAACCAAGACGGCCAGACUGCAAAGCCAAUCACUGCUCCCUCAGAGGUUCAACAGGGAAAGCUACUUAAUGACAUAUAUCACCACUUUUACAACAUCAAUCCAAGUCAUGUUCAAUACAUAGAGGCCCAUGGUACUGGUACACCCAUCGGUGACCCCGUUGAGGUAAACAGUCUCGGUAGCUUCUUCAAAGAUCAUCCGACACAAUUUGGAAAGAGAUUGAUUGGAUCAGUUAAAACUAAUAUUGGGCAUCUGGAAUCCGCAGCUGGAGCUGCAAGUCUUAUCAAGACUCUUUUGAUGAUGAAGCAUGGGAAAAUUGUACCAUCACUUCAUUCAAUUCCGAGGAACUCAAAGAUAGACUUUGAGUAUUAUACCCUCGAUGUGCCAGCAUCAGUUCACGCAUGGCCUCUUCUGCAAGAUGGUUCAAGAGCUGCCUGUAUCAACUGUUUUGGAUUUGGAGGCACAAACAGCCAUGCUUUUGUAAGGCAGUGGGUUCAGAAACCGAUCGAUCCUACACCAAGUAUAGCCGAUGAGGACAAGCUAACAUGUAUACCUAUCUCGGCUAAAUCCCAAAACAGCCUGAUUAACACACUGAAAUAUUUGGUAACAAGACUUAAAGAUGAACCAUGCAAUUUGCAAGAAUUAUCAUACACUGCCUCGUGUAAACGGGAUCAUCUCCGAUACCGAAGGAUGUUCGUAGAGUCCAGUAUUACUGGCCUUGUAAAAAGCUGCAAUCAUGAGAUAGAAACGAUAUCAAUCAACAAUAUUAAACCGGGCAAGGAAUACAGAAUAGUGUACGUGUUCUGUGGCGUUGGAACAGCUUGGACAGAAAUGGGAAUGGCUAUUGUGCGAGAAUACCCUGUGUUCGCUAACACACUAACACAUAUUGAUACCUACCUAAUGCCGUUAACAGGAUGGUCCAUAGCGGACAAAAUACGGGACGGUGAAGACAUGGAAGACCCCUUCAUUAGCCAUAUUGGUAUUUUUGCAUGUCAGGUGGGAUUGUCAAAUCUUUGGAAACAUUGGAGAAUAUGUCCUGAUGCAAUCGUAGGUCAAUCUGUAGGUGAGGUGGCAGCUGCCUACUGUAGUGGAGUACUUUCUCUGUGUAAUGCAGUCAAGGUUGUAUACCACAGAUCUAAACUACUGGCAGAAACGUCAGGUGGAAGAAUGAUGGUGAUCAGAAAUAUUGACACAACAAAAAUAGCGGAGAUAUGCCGCAAGGUUGGACAGGUUGACGUUGCCGUAUAUAGCAGUCCUGUCGCAUGCACAAUCUCUGGUGAUGAUAUCAAAGUGGAAGAAGUGAAAACCCUCGUAACAGAAGAUGAAACCAAUACGAUCGAAAUACCACUAUUCAACGAAUUGAAUACAAAGUUUGCUUACCACAGCUACAAGGUUGAACAGGCGGCGAUUCGCAUUAAAGAAAGUUUGGAAGGGAUCGAAACUGAUACAUCAAAUAUACCAAUAUUUUCCACUGUAACGGGAAAGAUGGCUAACGAUUUCGGCACUCCGGAGUAUUGGCGGCGAAAUACCACUAAACCAGUAUUGUUCCAUCAGGCACUUCGAGAAUCGACCGAUGGGAAGCCAACUGUAUUUUUAGAAAUUGGCCCGGCACCCGUUCUUAAAGCGCAUUUGGGAGACAUAUUUAAAGACGAAGAUGUCACAGCGGUCCACUGUUUGAAAUCCAAAAGUGGUUCUUAUCAAGUGAAGAAAUGUCUUAUGGACCUUUAUGCAGCUGGUAUAAAUCCGAGCUGGGAAAAUAUCAUAGAGAAAAAUAACCUGAUAGACUUACCCUCAUACCAAUUUGAUGGCAAGCACUUGAUGGUAGAGUCGGACUUCCGCUUUCUCAGAAGACAUGGCCUAAUUGACAAUUCCUCAGGUCAAUAUCUUAUGUUGACACAGAAAGAGUCUGAAGGGGAAUUCAAGGUCAACUUUAGUCCAAACUCCACACCCUUUGUGUACGAGCACGUAAUCGAUGACGCCACCAUCAUACCUGGCGCUGUUUACACCGAGGUGGCAUUUGAGCUUGGUAUGAGCAGGAUGGGUAUUAUAGCUGAAAAUAUGCAAAUAGAGUACGAAAUUAUUAAAUCAGUUCCCUUAUUCAAAGGAAAGCCUUUUCAUCUUGAUUUACUAUCUAAUAUCACAGAAAAAAAUGAUAGUUUGAUGAGAGUUUCUUUCUCUAUUGUAAUGAAUGGGACAACGAUUGUCAGAGGGUCCAUCACAAACAAAAACCUUGUACAACGACAUAUCAUUCCUAUUAAAGAAGUGUGCAUACAUAAUGGAAAGCAAAUAGGACGCGAAGAUCUAUACAGUGGGUUGGCUAAACAUGGCUACAAAUAUGGCAACAUGGUCCAAGUUCUAGAAUCUGUAACAUUUGGCAAAGAGGAAUAUACUGGGUUUAUAGAACUAACUGAGGAUGUGACAAGACAACUACACCAGACUUCCUUCCACCCUGCUGUUCUAGAUGCCAUGUUCCAUUCUAGUGCUCUAGAUUUUUUUCCUGUUCGAACUACGUCUUCUUACAAAAUAUAUCCGAUUCGCAUAGGCAGAGUCUCAUUAUUACGACGACUGGAAAAAAGAAUGAUGUGUUAUACGCAAGUUAUACAGAAAGUGUAUGACCGGAUCAUCACCAACAUCAUCCUAACUCGACUGGACGGUCUGGUGCUGGCUGAGGUUCAGGAAGUUGAACACCGGAUUAUGAAUGGUAGCCUAACAGUAAAUGAUAUUGCUUAUCAGAUCACCUGGACAGUUGAGAGUAUUCCAGAGGUUACCAUCAACGAGCAUUAUCAAAAGGAGAAAAACGUUACAAUCUUCUUCGAUGACAGCACCGUAUGCAAAAUGCUGAGGAGUUUAUAUCCGAAGGGAGACUCAAUCAAGUUGCGUGAUGUGAUAGACAACUCCGAAUCAGUAGCCUCCUGGGAUCUAGAACAGACUGAUGUAGUAAUAUUUGUUCCAGAUUCGUUCAAUCAAAGGAAAAGCAGCAACGAUUUGUUUAGUCGUGUUUGCAAAAACUGCGACGCCUUCCUUACCACCAUGAAGAAGAUGAAGGAUGUGAACAAGCCAGUGAUAAUAGUUACUGAGAAUACACAAGGCAACGCCACUGAAACAGCCGCUGAUAAAAAUGUAAUAGGUGCUGAAUUAUGGGGUUUUACUAGGUCCUUAAGACAAGAAGGAACAAAAUGUCGAAUGAUUCUGAUAGAUGUGCAACCCACAAUAGCCUCGCAAUUGGAUAUCUUGUACAAAACCGUUGACAUCCUUACGUCCGAUUCCCCUUCUUCAUUUACGGAAUUUGUCAUCGUUGAAGGGCAGUUGCAUAGAAAUAUCCUUCAGCGGCGGCCACAGAACAGUUUUCAUAGCGAAAAAAGAGUAUUAUCUACUGACAUACACCUCGAUCUCCAGUUACAGUCUGUCACUUCGGAUAGUAUCGACAGUCCAUUUCUGACACCUUGUGAUCUCCCCUGUAAAUUUGGAAACAAUGAGAUCUGCCUCCGAGUUGAGGAAAUAUGUAUCCAUUCGCCAACCGAUUUUCGCCUCACAGAGUUAGAGACAAGUGUUAGCAAAUCGCUUUGGUCGGAAUACAGAGGCGGAUAUCCAGUUAUUGGGUUAGAGUUCCAAGGAACUAUCCUUACCGCACAUAGAUCGAGGCGCGUUGUGGCAUGUUACCCAUCGAGGAUAACCAACAAAAUUUGCGUUCCAAAACAAUGUGUAUGCGAUCUCUCCAGCCUGCCAAUGUACAGCCCCGGUUUAAUUAUCAGGUCCAUGCUGAUGUGGGCUAUAACGGAGAGGAUCAGACGCAAAUCUAAAAUUUGUAUUGUGACUGAGGCAGAUCCGUCUGAAGACGACAAAGUUUCCCUUCUCCGUGACAUGGUUGAAACUGUCAAGUAUAGCCAAGUUCGAAUCACAUCAAUUUGCUCGUUACGUAAUUGCCGUCAACUAGAGGGUGACGUGUUUGUAUUGUUACAAACAUAUCCUCAACCAGAAAUAGCAUGUAUUUUACAGCCGGGGAAUACCAUUUUGUGCUUUGAUGAUGUGAUGACAUACCUAUCAAAUAAACGGAUUCAGCUGAGUUCGAAAGGAAUGAAUGUACAUAUUGUUUCAAAGACGAAAGUGUUUGAGGAAAACAACGUUGUAACCACAUUUCCUAAAGUAAUCAGCUGGCUGCAAAGGCGGCGAAAAUCACAUGACCUUUCGAUAAAUGUCAUGAAAUCACUACAGCUGCAAACCAUCAAUCUCCUCGACACGAAAUGUGGGGAUAUCAUGGAUGUCAACAUUAAAGCAAUGGGCGAUAACAUUUUCCGCAAAAACGCAACGUAUGUUGUUGUCGGUGGAUUGACAGGCCUUGGGUGGGACAUCGUCAAAUGGCUGGGCCACAAAGGUGCUGGCGUUGUAGUACCGCUAUCAAGAAGAGGUGCUAACCCACAGAUGGAAGAUAAGCUCCGAAACGCAAUGGACAUGCACAAAUAUAAAAUUGUGCCAAUGAUUUGCAAUGUUGCGAAUGAAGUUGAUGUAAAGAGGACUUUUUCUGCCAUCAAGUUACAAUUUUCUAAGCAUCCUGUCAAAGGCAUAUUUCAGGGAGCUGGAGUUCUAAGAGAUACUCGAAUUGAAAAUAUGACUAUGGAGAAGUUCAAAGAAGUGAUGGAGCCAAAGGUUUUGGGAACAUGGAACCUACACCUAAUGUCUAAGGAAUUAGUGUUGGAUUUCUUUGUUAUGCAUUCUUCAACAACCUCUAUCUUUGGAAAUGCUGGACAGACCAAUUACGGAGCUGCCAAUUCUUUCAUGGAUUCAUUGGCCCUGUACAGACGAUCAAUCAACCUGCCUGGGACGACAAUUAACUGGGGCGCUUUGGCGGUCGGAAUGGCGACUGAUGAGACCAUCAGAAAUAAUUUAGAAGCACAUGGCUAUUAUGUGCUUGAAACAGACAAGAUAAGAGAAUGCCUUAUAGAUUCUUUAAAUCUAGACCCAUGCCAAGUCAUUUACGGUUUAUUUGAUUGGAGCAUGGUCGCGAAAAACCCCGCCACUGUGCCGACGUCCAUCAUUGACAAGGAAGACAGCGCUGUUAUCAAUCAAUCGUCAUUUCGAAGGCGCGAAAUAAACACUGUGCUGAAUAUUGCAGAACUCAAAACGACAUCAUAUGAGGAUCAGAGAAAGACUCUUGCAUAUUUAUUGUUAUGCUGUUGUUCUAAAGUGUUGUCGAUAGAUACAAGUGACUUGGAAGAAAAGCAAAACCUUCUUGGACUUGGUAUGGAGUCACAAAAGUCUGUUGAAUUAAUCCAGAUUGUACAUGAGGCUACAGGUUAUCGUCUUCCUGUAGCUUAUAUUCUGUCUCCUGAUUACACAAUAGGCAUGGUCAUCGACUUUCUGCAUUCGCAAAUCAUCAAUAACACCGGAGACAAGGAUGAAAGUUCUGAAAUGAAAGAAGACGUACUUGGAUCACCAACAUGGAUGCAAAAGUUCUAUAUUGACACGCACGAGACGUAUCCCCUUGACUCUAGUCUUUGGUUCAGUAUCGAUUUCAAACUUGGAAGCGGUCUAUCGAAUAUCGAUCUUUGGCGUACUAUCCUCCGAUGGAUCACAAUAAGAAACCAGGAACUUAGAACUGUCUACCGUCCUACUAAUGAACGAAUUAGAUUUGGCAUAAAAAGGCAUAUUUUGGAUCCAGAGGAUGCCAAAGUAGAUUUGCGAGUUGUUGAUACUUGUGUGAUCAAAAGAGAUUGGACAGACAGGGAUGUCACCAAUUAUUGCACAUUCGAUAUUACCACAGAUCCACCAAUGCGGGUUCUUUACGGAAAUACUGGCAAGGAGCAUGAUAUCAGGUUUAUCAUGAGUCAUAUUACCUUCGACUUACAAAGUUUCUUCGCAUUGGUAUCACAACUCCACUCGGAUAUAUCGACAUACCUAAAGAAAAAGGAUGUUAUCUUGAAACCUACAUAUACUCAGGAUAUGACGUCGCUGAUAGAAGAACGUCUUGAUGACGAGAUGUUUUAUUUGCAAGAGUUCUGGAAAGGCGAGCUUAACACAAUUCGUAAUGAACCGGCUCUUGUCGGGUCUGAGACAACUGCACGUGUCUCUGGAAAGACGGAGAAGAUAUCGAUUCGACUACCAAGAGAGUUAGUAGAUAAAAUCAAUAACAAUGACAACGAUGUAACGGGACCUACUCUACUCUUCUGUUUCUACCAAAUUCUUCUCCACAAGAUGACGUCUGUAUCUACUACUCCAGUUGUACUGACAGUGGACAUGCGACGACACUUUCCAGAGUUAACCAACAGGAUAUUUCUUGGUACAAACUACAUACCGAUCAUAACAGUGUUUAAGGACGCGCAUGCUACACUGGGAGAAUGUAUUAAGAUGUGUUCAAGGCAAAUGGCUCUGGCUAGCACCAACAGUUUGUAUCCGUUUCUGCUCAUCACACAGAACAACUCUGAUGUCAGCAGUGCUUUUCGGCAUUUCUUUAAUGUUAGAUAUGUGUCACAACAAACAUUCAGAAAUGCGCAUCACCAAAACUAUUACAUGGAAAACACUGGCUAUAACACAGGCUUCCUGAACCAUAUCGAAACAGCUUUGAAUAUCGUAACUGAUACCGAGACCGGGUCUAUAGAUUUCGUAUUGAGUUACGAUUCAGCCAUCGUAAGCUUGGCCACAGCAAAUAAUAUGCUGGAUGAUCUUCUGUUAUUAGCCUGUGUGAAUGCUGUGAAUUCGGACAUCCAGCUUGGCAAUAUCCCAUUACAGUGCUGUCACUCAAAUGCAUCGGAUGGAAUGGAUCAACUAUUGCAAACAGUGAGGUUUUUGAAAGAGUCGUCAAACGGUUGGCAACAUCCGGUACAGUUGAGAGUCACCAUUCAGAACAAUGUACCUCAGUUAGCAUGGGACAGGAUUGACAGUAAAGCAGGGUCGCCCAAAAGAACGAUUUCUAUUCCCCAUGUUCUUGCUGUUGAAAUGGGAAAUCUGCACGAAUUCUGGGUUCUAAUCAUCCAGACAAUCAAAAGACAGUACUUCUUCAAGACAGACGACUACAUCAUGGCACUACUGUGGAAAGCAAGAAUACGUAUUCUUAUAUCAAGGCAAAAAUUAAUGUAAAAACAUGACACUCUUGUGCAUCAAGCUUAAGUGGUUUUUUAAUCGAUAUACAAAGUGGUCAGAAGAAAAUCACCUUUCUCUUUUGGAUAGUCCAGAGAUGCUGUGUAGAUACGUUCUUAUUUCAUCAAUACAUGUACAUAUUCGCAUAAAAUGAGUCAAAUAUCUAAUGUCUGUCUACAGUCAAUCAAAUUGCCCGAAGUAUAUGCAAUGCUGGAUGUUAUAUAGCAUGUCCGAUUUCCGUGUUAAAUAAUUAUAAUGGUUAUUUUGAGACUCGACACUGCACAUUACUUAAUUAUUGAAUCUGAAAAAAAAAUAUGAUUCUAAGUUAGCAAUUUCACCAUACUGCAGCUUUUACAGUAAUAAAUAAAAUAGUUACAAUAAAUAGCGAUGUUAACAGGCAACUUCGCUUCGAUUUCUGAUCGCAAGUUUGUAAACAAUGCCACGAGUCAAGAAUCUGGCGCCAUCUUCAAACGGUUACAGAAAGAUUAAUUAAUUGAUGUUCGAUGCUAAUACGUGAUUUGUUGAUUCUAGAGAUUUUUUAUUGAAUCCUUUUGUGUAUUUAGCCCUCCUUACUAGUGAUUACAUCGCCAAAGACAAUCAAUGUGGUCAAAUAUGUCUUUUAAACUCUUUGGUGACUUUGAAGCUCAAUGUCCUUUAUAUUUAGUAUUUAAAAUAUCUUCAGUCAGUAAAGGAGAGAGGAAUAAUUGACAUCAUAGCAAUGAUACUCGCAAUAAGCGCAUGUUACCUUUGAUUGUUAUCUUUAAAGUUGCAUUCCAUUACUUUAUUUCUUUCCAAUAUUACUGUUGGCUUCUAGCAUAUGAUCGAAAUCAAAAACGCUUAAUCCGUUAUCCGUUAAUUGUACUUGAUUGAGAAGUGCUAGAAAGAUAUCUCUCAAACUUAAUAUGAAGGUUUCCCCUGGAUUAUAGUUUUCCUCGUUUAAUUGUGAGACUGAUAAGUAAAACUAAAUGACCAAUAGGAGGCAAUAUUGGAGAUUGACAGUUGCAACGCUUGCUAUUAGAUUAAUAUAUCUAACACUAUGAGGCGUAUAUUCCCUUGGGUCCCUUGUAGUUGUCUACGUUGGAUUUAGAAAUGAGCAUCCGUCUGAGAUUUCUAAAAUAAAGUUUUCUUAUUCCUGUUUCCGGACAUUCCUCAAACAUAAUUUAUAGUUUUCUCCCGGUCUUUAGAUGUGACCGCCCAAUUUUGAGUGUGAUGUAGAAAGCAAGAUGACAUACAGAUGUCCAUCUUUAAUUGGAUAUUGUCAUUUUAAGAGUGCUACCGUUUUUUAGGUGAAAUGGGAGAUAAUACAGACAAUCGUCCACAUUUUAUGUCGACAUUUGAAGGUUGUUAUCGCUAUGCAAUGUGUAACGAUUGAAUGACCAACAGACAGUUAUUUUUUUCUUUUUUUGACAAGUUAUUUUUUAUGUUUAGCCUAAUUCAGUUAUUAAUUGGCGCUGAACAAACAUAUUGAUUAUCAACUUAGCCAUGGCGUCGUUAUAAUAUAUAUAUAAAUAU